AUGUUCUACGAAGGGUCCUUGCAGGAGGGCAUCUCCUCGGCCGUCGGCCAGCAGAAGCUCGUCUUUUGCUUCGUCACAAACGACAACGAUGAGAGUCGCCAAUGGCAGGAUGAGCAUCUUCAGGACAGCACCUUGAAAGAGCUCAUCCAGAAGCAAGCAGUGGCCCUCCGCCUGGAAGCCGGCUCCGAGGAGGCCGGCUACCUUGCCCAAAUCUUCCCGCUACCCCAGACGCCCACAAUUGUUAUCAUGAAGCAUGGCGAACUCAAGGAGUACAUUGCCGCGGGCACCAGCCGAGAUGACUUCUUCCGUCGCGUCCAGAACGCCUUUAACGCGACACCUGCCCCCGCCCCGGCCGCAGCCUCCUCAACCGCCGAGUCAUCAUCUUCCCCGGCGGCCCACCCGUCAACCGCUUCUUCUUCGUCCUCAGCACCAGCACCCGCGGCGGCGGGAAUCUCCUCGUCACCCGAGAACGAGCGCUCCGAAACAGUACGCCGUGUACUGGCCGACCGCGCCGCCAAGCUGCAGGCCGCAAAGGAGGAGGCCGAGCGCCGCGCCAAGGAGGAACGCGCGCAGGCCAAGGAAAAGGCCAGGGCAGAUGCCGAGGCGGGCGCCGACACCGACGCUGCGCGCACGCAUCGCCAGGCGGAACUCCUCCGCAAGAAGCGUCAGCAGGAAACGGAGGAGCGGCGUCGCAUCCUUAAGCGUAUCGAGGACGACAAGGCUGAGCGCCGGGAGCGCGCCGCCGAGCGUCAGCAGAUGCGCCUCGACACCCAGCGCACCGGUGACGUGGCCGCCGCGCUCGUCAACGCGCCCGAGACGAAGCUCCCUUCAACGACUCGCAUUGGCGAGAUGACGUCGUUGCAAGUACGACUGUUUGACGGGUCUACGAUUCGCUCGAGGUUCAAGACAAGGGUGCCAUUCCGCGACGUGCGCCGGUGGGUGGACGAGAACAGAACAGACGGGAAGCUGCCGUAUACGUUCCGCCAGCUGCUCACACCGAGGCCCAACCGGGCCAUCGACGCGACGGAGGAAGGCAAGAGCCUCGGCGAGCUAGGCCUGGCACCGUCAUCAACGCUCAUUCUGAUCCCAGUACAACACUUUGCCUCCGCCUAUGAUGCGGCGCCGCAAAAUAUCUUUGCACGGAUCUUCACAGCAAUUAUGGGCUUGGUCAUGUGGCUCCUAGGGCUCAUCGGCCUGGGAGGGAGAGGCGAGGCGGCUCCGAGACCAGCGGCCGCUCCUGAGACGGAGGGUACAUCGAGCGCAGCUCAACUGGAAAAGGACCGACGGAUCCGUGGAUUUCAGAAUCCGAACGACCAGCGGAGGGACCACCAGCUAUACAACGGAAACUCGCUGAAUUUCGAGCCACGGCCAGACGAGGAGGAUAGCGAGGCACGAUAG